GGGCGUGGCCGGGGGCGAAGGGCGGGCGGUGUGGGCGGAGUCUCUCUCUAACUUUGCUCUUGUUGCUGUUGAACCGGAUUUAGGGGCCCGGGAGGGGCGCGAGAGGGCCACGACGGCCAGGGACCAGCUUCAGGACGGAGAAACUCGAAUCCGCCCUCCCGAGUGCCCUCUCGGGAACCCCAGGGGUCUGGAGCGCGCCGGGAUUUCGCCCUAGAUCUUCUUUCGGGAUUGGCAGACCGCAGUAUCUGGGCCAGAGAAGCGGGUUGUCAGGGUAACGCCGGAGUCUCCCCGCGGGAACCGCGUGGGCUUGGGGAGCUCGGGAGUCGGGGGCCCGGGCCACCUGUGUGCGCCACCUCGGGACGCGGCGCCGCCCGCCCGCCCCCACUCGCGCCCGGAGGCGGGAGGGCCCAUCGGUCGGCGCCCCGUAGCGUCCCCACGAUGAAGCCCAACUUCUCGCUGCGACUGAGGAUCUUCAACCUCAACUGCUGGGGCAUUCCCUACUUGAGCAAGCACCGGGCUGGUCGCAUGGAGCGCCUGGGAGACUUACUGAACUUGGAGAGCUUUGACCUGGCUCUGCUGGAGGAGGUGUGGAGUGAGCAGGACUUCCAGUACCUGAGACAGAAGUUGUCCCUCACUUACCCAGCUGCACACUACUUCCGGAGUGGGAUCAUUGGCAGCGGCCUGUGCGUCUUCUCCAAACACCCAAUCCAGGAAAUCACACAGCAUGUCUACACCCUCAACGGUUACCCCUACAUGAUCCAUCACGGCGACUGGUUCUGUGGGAAGGCCGUGGGGCUGCUGGUGCUCCAUAUCAAUGGACUGGUGCUCAAUGCCUAUGUGACCCAUCUCCAUGCAGAGUACAGUCGAGAGAAGGACAUCUACCUAGCACAUCGUGUGGCUCAAGCUUGGGAACUGGCCCAGUUCAUCCAUCACACCUCCAAGAAGGCAGAUGUGGUUCUAUUGUGUGGGGACCUCAACAUGCAUCCAAAAGACCUGGGCUGCUGCCUGCUGAAGGAGUGGACGGGGCUGCAUGAUGCCUACCUUGAGACUCAGGACUAUAAGGGCUCUGAAGAAGGCUGUACUAUGGUGCCCAAGAACUGCUAUGUCAGCCAGCAGGACCUAGGCCCAUUUCCCUGUGGCAUCCGCAUUGACUACGUGCUCUACAAGGUGGUUUCUGGGUUCUGCAUCUCCUGUAAGACUCUCCAAACCACUACAGGCCAUGACCCGCACAGUAGCACUCCACUUUCUGAUCACGAGGCCCUCAUGGCUACUCUAUAUGUGAGGCACAGUCCCCCUCAGCAAAACCCCACCCCUACCCAAGGACCAGCAGAGAGGUUGCCAUUGAUCAACCUGCUGAAGGAGGCCUGGACAGAGUUGGGGAUUGGCAUAGCUCAAGCUCGCUGGUGGGCCACAUUUGCUGGCUAUGUGAUUGGUGUGGGGCUGCUUGUCCUGACAUUGCUGAGUGUCCUGGUGGCAGGAGAAGUGACCAGUGACGUGGCUGUACUACUCUGGACCCCCAGUGUAGGAUUGAUAUUAGGGGCUGGCGCAGUCUACCUCUUCCACAUGCAGGAGGCCAAAGGUUUAUGUCGGGCCCAGGCUGAACUCCAGCAUGUGUUGGGAAGAGCAAAGAAGACCCAGGAAUUGGGCUUAGAGCCUCAAGUAGCUGAGCUACUGGGGCAGCAAGCAGAGAACAGAGUUGAACAAUAAAGUGUAGCACUUUA